AUGAUUGUCCAUUACCGUGACGACCCAGAUUUGCAAACAAUUAUUGACUGGAUGCAAAAUGAUUUUCAAUGUUGUGGAAUAAGCGAUCCUGAUGAUUGGGACAAAAAUAUUUAUUUUAAUGCUUCUGCUAAAGCUUUAAAAUCCCCUGAAGCUGGUGGUGUCCCCUACUCCUGUUGUAAAAAUGUGGACAAAACUUUUAUUAAUUAUGCCUGUGGAUAUGCGGGUCCAAAACAAUUUUAUCAUAGCAAUAUACACAUUGAAGGGUGUUUACCUAAACUUCAGUCUUGGCUAAACAACAAUUUUCUCUAUGUGGGGGCUGCUGUUUUUGUUGUUGCUGUUGUACAGUUUCUCGGUAUUUGUUUUGCACAAGACUUGCGUAGUGAUAUUUUUGCCCAACGUGCAAAAUGGACUAGACGAACUUGA